CAACGGGUAAUGAUUGUAAACGCCCCUGGGAAGCUAUAGUGGAUGAUCCUCGGACUUUUGUAAAGUAUUUCACUCUUUCUGAACGUGAUGGCGGCUACAGCAGAUACUGAUGACAGUCUAUCAGAAAGGUCAUCCAAUCCAGAACAGUCCAUGACACUCGUGAAACAGCUUGUUCCAACAUCCACUGAGCCUGAUGAGAUGCACUGUUCAUCAUGUCGGAGGCUGUUCAACCUACGAGGACAAACACCACGGUUGCUGGGCUGCCUACACUCAGUGUGUUCCGAGUGCUUGAACACAACUCUACACGCCGAUGAAUCGUCCGGUAUUUGGUGCCCCGUCUGUCGGACUCCUUUGACAGAGCAAGCUGCACCUCUAGACUACGCCAUCAUGAAAGUGUUGGAGAUGGAGGAUGCGAUGGAACUGAGUGGUUUGAAGUGCGAUGACUGCCGCCAUGAUGGCACAGCGACGUACCGAUGUCUGGACUGCAGGUGCAACAUGUGUGACACAUGCAAGUCCUACCAUGCUAAGUUUGCUGUAACCAUAACCCACGAGUUGAAAUGCUUGUCGGAGCUUACUGAUAAGAACCACCAGGUAUUGAAGGAGGACAAGCUUUGUCCACAACAUGGACUUAGGCAACACCUGUUCUGCUGUUCCAAGACGUGUAUGGUUGCCAUGUGUAGCACCUGCGCGUCAGUACAUCACAACGGCCACGACUUGGGGCCAAUAAAAAGUCUGUAUGAACCAGCUCGCCAGGACAUCAUGAAACACAAUGCCAGACUCGCUGUAAACAUCAGUAGAAUGGAGGACAGAAUCACCCGUCUCAACGCGCACGAGGAAAGGGUUAAAGAGUCGAAACGGAAUAUUGAGAGUGAUAUUCACAACCUUUUCUCUUCCCUUGAAGAGAAGGUCCUUGCAAGAAAAGCGGUGCUGGUGAACGCAACCAACAAAAUAAAGGACGAGACUCUGAAAGAACUAAAGGGCCUUCAGGACCAGUUGCGGGUUACUGAGAGAAGGAGGCAAGAGGUUAUGGAGUACAGUGAACGUGUGAAGAACCUAUGCUCACCGGCCGAAUUUCUCAACAUAGAUAAGAUACUUACCUCACGAAUGAUCCAAGUAGCAAGUGAACCAACCACACUUCCAUACCAGGAGAAAGAGGUGGUCUUCGAAAGAACGUCUCUGUCUGAUCUCAUGGCCGCUAUUGGUAAUCUGUGCGAGAUAACUACAACCGCGGAACAGCAGCAGUGAGGUCACUUAGGAGAUAAAUCACCUUGGACAUUACGCGUUUCUCACGGGUGAAUCAGUCGUUUCGAUCAAGAUUACAUACUGCUAAUUUAAUAAUAACUUUGGGCACUAUGUGUGAAUGUAACAGGCUUCGUGCUGCAUGCUUCAUGUUGUAACUAUAGGUGGCACUGACUGAUGAUGUGACAGGCUUCAUGCUGUAACUGUAGGUGGCACUGAUUGAUGAUGUGACAGGCUUCAUGCUGUAACUAUAGGAGGCACUGACUGAUGAUGUGACAGGCUUCAGGCUGUAACAAUAGGAGGCAGUGAAUGAUGAUGUGACAGGCUUCAUGCUGUAACUAUUGAUGGCAUUGACUGAUGAUGUGACAGACUUCAUGCUGUAACAAUAGGAGUCACUGACUGAUGAUGUGACAGGCUUCAUGCUGUAACUAUAGGAGGCAUUGACUGAUGAUGUGACAGACUUCAUGCUGUAACAAUAGGAGUCACUGACUGAUGAUGUGACAGGCUUCAUGCUGUAACUAUUGGUGGCAUUGACUGAUGAUGUGACAGGCUUCAUGCUGUAACUAUUGAUGGCACUUACUGAUGAUGUGACAGACUUCAUGCUGUAACAAUAGGAGUCACUGACUGAUGAUGUGACAGGCUUCAUGCUGUCACUACAGGAGGCAUUGACUGAUGAUGUGACAGGCUUCAUGCUGUAACUAUAGGAGGCACUGAUUGAUGAUGUGACAGGCUUCAUGCUGUAACUAUUGAUGGCACUGACUGAUGAUUUGACAGGCUUCAUGCUGUAACUAUAGGAGGCACUGACUGAUGAUGUGACAGGCUUCAUGCUGUAACUAUUGAUGGCACUGACUGAUGAUUUGACAGGCUUCAUGCUGUAACUAUAGGAGGCACUGACUGAUGAUGUGACAGGCUUCAUGCUGUAACAAUAGGAGGCAGUGAAUGAUGUUGUGACAGGCUUCAUGC